AUAUUGAUAACAUCUGUUCUACGGGUAUAUAUAUAGAGAAUACCCGCAUAGAGAAAGUAGCGAUCGCAGGCUAGGUGGAUGGCGUGAGCUGCUUGCUUCUUCUACGCCCCCCAAGAAGAGAACUACUUCUUACGGAACAAUAGCAUGAAACGAAGACAUCAAUCUCAGACAUCUGUUGAAUCCAACAGCUUCCUUCGCCUUUUGUUCCUUCCUUGCUUUCAAUUCAUCCCUUUCCCUCCAUUCCUUCGCUGCCUCUACAGCUAUUUCGAAGAAAACCCAACUAUACCCUGAACUCUCUCUCUCUCUCUCUCUCUCUAGAAAAGGUGUAACCUAGACGCUGUCCUUGUUCAAUCAAAAAGAGACACUGAGAUCGCAACCCAUGAAGCGAGGAUACGCAGAAUCUCCGGCGACCUCUGUCGGUCCGCCUCAAUCCAGAUUCAAAUAUAACCGAGAGGGCGAUGCACACUUUCUAGAGGAUGAAAGCACAAAAAUCUUUGCCCGAAAAGUGGCAGACCAUUACAGUGCGAGGACAAAUCAGACCCUGGAAGAACGAGAAGCAAGUCCAAUCAUUCACUUGAAGAAACUCAACAACUGGAUUAAAAGUGUCUUAAUUCAGCUUUAUGCUCAUCGUGGAGAUGAGGUUCUUGAUCUUGCUUGUGGCAAGGGUGGUGAUCUCAUCAAAUGGGACAAGGCAAAGGUUGGAUAUUAUGUUGGCAUUGACAUAGCUGAAGGCUCGAUAGAGGAUUGUCGCACACGUUACAAUGGUGAUGCUGACCAUCAUCAGCGCCGUAAAAAGUUUACAUUUCCUGCUCGCCUCAUAUGUGGGGAUUGCUUUGAGGUUCGGUUGGAUAAAGUUUUGGAAGAUGAUGCGCCUUUUGAUAUUUGCAGUUGCCAAUUUGCAAUGCAUUAUUCAUGGUCUACAGAGGCACGGGCUCGGCGUGCUUUGGCCAAUAUAUCAGCAUUACUUCGUCCAGGAGGUACCUUCAUUGGGACAAUGCCAGAUGCCAAUGUUAUCAUCAAAAAGCUUAGAGAAGCUGAAGGACUGGCCUUUGGCAAUAGUGUCUAUUCGGUUCGUUUUGAUGAAGAAUUCUCUGACAAGAAAUUCAGGUCUUCUAGCCCAUUUGGCAUCAAGUAUACAUUCCACCUAGAGGAUGCUGUUGAUUGUCCUGAAUGGAUUGUUCCCUUUCAUGUCUUCAAGUCAUUAGCAGAAGAGUAUGAUUUGGAGCUCGUCUUUGUCAAAAAUUCACACCAGUUUGUGGAUGAGUACCUGAAAAUACCAGAAUUUGUUGAGCUCAUGCGGAGGCUUGGUGCUCUGGGUGAUGGGAACCAAGAUAGAAGCACACUGUCACAAGAUGAGUGGGAAGUAGCUUAUUUAUAUUUGGCAUUUGUCUUGAGAAAGCGAGGUCAAGCAGAUCGGACGCAAACAAGUGGCAGGAGAGAUAAAGGGCAGAUGCAAAUCUCGAAAGAGGACAUCAUGUACAUCAACAGCAGCAUAUAAUAGCAUCUGCCACAAAAAGUAUAAUAACAUGACAACAAUAAUGCUGCAGACAACUGUCAGUGAGGGGAGAUUUCUGGAGACUCCCUUUCUUCUCAACUGAGUUGGUUAACAGGACGUGAAAUGGGUGACUCAAUUUUGUUGAAGUACUUGUAACAUAAGUCUUAGCUAUAGUAUUUAUAUUUUUUUUGGGGGCAGACAAUUGGCUCAAGCCUAGAGUUUUGCUGUCAAGUAGUGUAGUAUGAUUUUGGUAUGUACCGUUAGAGAAUAGUUCUAUGAUUGAUAAGUGUUGUAUUCAAGUUUCAGUUGAUUUUAUCAUUAAGCUUCAGGACGGCA